AUCGUAUCCUUCAAACCUUACGCUUAAGGAUUUUUAUUUUCUUUUCUAUUUUUUUCCCUGAAGAGGCGUCGUGAAUGGCUGAUGCAGUGUCAGGCCACCAAGAGAGAAGGUCCGAAGGAGAAGAAAAUGGCCACAAGCACAAAAGUUAACGGUGAACAAAUCUUAAGAGAGCGAGGUGACUCGGGGCUCCACCUGUGAGGCCAAGCUCAAGACGAGAACUGUUUAGUCUCGAUCCUCCCUGCUCUACCAAUGUCAAAUUAGAGAAGCUGAGCAGGUUAGCAAGAAUGUAUUAUCAGGUCGAGCCUAUGGAAUCUAAACUUUUGGAACCAAGUAACUAAGCUGUCAAGAUUGUAAUGAUUGUUUUAUAAGAUGCUUUUUCUAUAAAUAUAUUAAAAAAAUAUUUUUUUAUUUUUUUAAAAUUAUUUUUAAUAUCAUCACAAUUAAUUUUAAAUAAAAAAAUCAAAAUCUAUCCACACGGAACGAAAUGCCAGACGGGGUCUUCGUGAUAGGGACAAGGAGGUCCGAAAAGCUUGUCUGAAUAUUGAUUCAACGUAUGGAUUUCAUUCAUUAAUAGCACAUCGCUGCAGCUGUCUUGCUGCAAAGUGGAAAUGGGUUUGAAAGCAGCAGCUCCAUUCGUGGGGAUGGUAAUGGCAGAGUGUGCACAAGUUGGGCUAAUGAUUUUAAGCAAAGCAGCCAUGUCAGAUGGCAUGACCAAUUUCAUCUUUGUCCUUUACUCCAAUGCCCUUGCUUCCCUCAUUCUUCUCCCUUCUUCUUUCUUCCUUCACAGAUCAGAGAGACCUCCACUCACCUUCCCUAUUCUCUGUGGAUUCUUCUUGCUUGGUCUAUUUGGCUGGUUGGCGCAGAUAUUUGGGUAUGCGGGGAUUAACUUGAGCUCUGCUACACUUGGCACUGCCAUGCUCAACCUCAUUCCUGGUCUUACUUUCAUACUUGCCGUUGCUUUCAGGAUGGAGAAACUUGACUGGAAGAGCUCCAGUGCCUUGGUUAAAUCAACGGGAACAAUAGUAUCGGUUGCAGGGGCAUUCAUUGUCUGUUACUAUAAGGGCCCCCCACUUCUGAUGGCACCCUCUACUUCAAACUUGCCUCAUGAGCUUCUCUCGCAGCAGCAAAAUUGGAUUAUUGGAGGACUGCUCCUUGCAGUUGAUUGUGUUAUGGCUUCUGCAUGGCUAAUUAUACAGGCAUUGAUCCUUAAGAAAUAUCCAGCAGAGCUUAUUGUAGUCUUUUUUUACUGCUUCUCUGUGACCAUUCUGUCUACAAUAGUUUGUUUGUUUAUGGAGAGGGACCCUGGUGCUUGGAGUUUAAAACCUACUGUAAGAUGGAUUGCUGUUGUGUAUUCGGGAGUUUUCGGCUCUGCAUUCCAAGUUGGCGUUUCCACUUGGUGCCUGCACAAGACAGGACCUGUUUUUGUUGCAAUGUUCAAGCCCUUGGGAAUUGUCAUCGCAGCUGCUGUUAGUAUCAUCUGCUUAAGGGAUACUUUGUAUCUUGGAAGUUUGGUCGGUGCAACUGUGAUUGUCAUCGGGUUUUAUUCGGUGAUGUGGGGAAAAGCCAAAGAAGAAAAGGUGGGAGUGGAUGAUGGGGUAAGGAGCUUUGAAUCAAGCAGCCAAAAGGUCCCGCUCCUGCAAAGCCAUACAGAAGAAACAUAGUAGUUUUGUACAGCAAACGAAAGAAAGGAGGAGGAAGAAGUCCGAAAAAAUAAUAUGUUAAAUGCAUGAACACAUCAGUUUCUGAUAAUGUAGAGAUGUGAGAUAUCAGCUUGUGGAAUGACCAAUGUAUUUAGACACUUGGGUCGUGAGCUCAGUAAGGUCAGCCCCUCCUUCAGUGGGAUGAUUAAUGUCGAGGAGGAAUAGAGCCGGAACCCAAAGAACAGCAAUGCACAGGGUAAGCUCACUUCCUAAAAAGGGAAAGAAAUUCAUCCUCAUGAACAGCAAUGCACAGGGUAAGCUCACUUCCUAAAAAGGGAAAGAAAUUCAUCCUCAUGAAAUAUCUGUUGAAAAUCUCCACAUUUAUUGGAUUGUUAAUUAACAAUUAUGUAUUGUUCUCUCACCAAUUAGGGUGUUUGGUAGCGCGAUUGUACCGUACUUCUCAAAAAAUUUGUUUGUUUUUUUAAAAAAAAUUAUGUGUUUUUAAA